AUGAAGAACCCUCUUCUGCUUUUGGUCUUUGUAACACUGUCCUCUGCAUUUCCUGUAGACCAAAGGAUGGAAGGCGACGAAAAUCUGCAACUGACUCAGGCAUAUCUCAACCAGUUCUACUCUCUUGAAAUAGAAGGGAGUCAUCUUGCUCAAAGCAGUAACAGAAGUCUCAUAGAUGGCAAAAUUCGUGAAAUGCAAGCAUUCUUUGGAUUGACAGUGACUGGAAAACUGGACUCGAACACUCUGGAGAUCAUGAAGACACCCAGGUGUGGGGUGCCUGACGUGGGUCAGUAUGGCUAUACUCUCCCCGGGUGGAAGAAGUACAACCUCACCUACAGAAUUGUAAACUACACUCCUGAUAUGGCUCGAGCUGAUGUGGAUGAGGCUAUCCAAAAAGGUUUAGAAGUGUGGAGCAGAGUCACUCCGCUAAUAUUCACCAAGAUUUCCAAAGGGAUCGCUGACAUCAUGAUUGCCUUUAGGACCCGAGUCCAUGGUUGGUGUCCUCGUUACUUCGACGGCCCCUUGGGAGUCCUCGGCCACGCCUUUCCCCCUGGUCUGGGACUGGGUGGAGACACUCACUUUGAUGAGGAUGAGAACUGGACCAAGGAUGGAGUAGGAUUCAGCUUGUUUCUCGUGGCAGCUCAUGAAUUUGGUCAUUCACUGGGGCUCUCUCACUCCAGUGAUCAAACAGCCUUGAUGUUCCCAAACUACGUCUCCUUGGAUCCUAGCAAAUACCCACUUUCUCAGGACGAUAUCAAAGGAAUCCAAUCCAUCUACGGAGGGCCACCUAAGUUACCUGUGAAGCCAAAGGGACCCACUGUACCUCAUGCCUGUGACCCCGAUUUGACUUUUGAUGCUAUCACCACUUUCCGCAGAGAAGUAAUGUUCUUUAAAGGCAGGCACAUAUGGAGGAUCUAUUAUGACAUCACUGACGUUGAAUUUGAAUUAAUCUCUUCAUUCUGGCCAUCUCUGCCUGCUGAUAUUCAUGCUGCAUAUGAGAACCCCAUCGACAAGAUUCUGGUUUUUAAAGAUGACAGCUUCUGGGUGAUCAGAGGAUAUGCUGUUUUACCGGAUUAUCCCAAAUCCAUCUAUACUCUUGGCUUUCCAAGACGUGUAAAGAAAAUUGAUGCAGCUGUGUGUGACCACAGCACAAGAAAGACCUACUUCUUUGUGGGCAUUUGGUGCUGGAGGUAUGAUGAAGUGACCCAAACCAUGGACAAAGGGUACCCACGGAGAGUGGUAAAGUACUUCCCAGGAAUUGGUCUCCGAGUGGAUGCCGCUUUCCAACACAAAGGAUUCUUCUAUUUCUUCCGUAGAUCAAAACAAUUUGAAUAUGAUCCUAAGGCAAAGACCGUUACCCGAAUAAUGAAAACCAAUACUUGGCUUCGGUGUAAAGAACUGUUAAAUUCAUCAUCUGAUUUUACUAUCAGUGAGGAAAAAGUACAUUCAGGAGUGGAGAUGUUUCAUUAUAAAAAUUUAAAUUUUCUUAUUUUUAGUAUUGUUCACAUGAUGAACAAAAUCUACAGUUACCAAUAA